GAGCGGCAGGAGGACAGAAGAGCACCAGACGAUCAGUUGUGUGUGUGUGAAGUGAAUGUGUUGUGAAGGUGAUUAUGGAUGAAGUGACUGGAGCUCAGCUGAUCGCUGAGGCGCUCAGAUCUCAGAAUGUGGAGUACAUGUUUGGCAUUGUUGGUGUGCCUAUCAUCGAGGUGGCCAUGGCCGCCCAAGCAGCAGGCAUCAAGUAUGUUGGCAUGCGCAAUGAACAAGCAGCCUGCUAUGCUGCAUCUGCUAUUGGGUAUUUGACAGGACGGCCAGCCGUGUGUCUGGUUGUGUCUGGACCUGGGCUGAUCCAUGCGCUCGGAGGAAUGGCCAACGCUAACGUGAACUGCUGGCCUGUCAUUGUCGUUGGCGGCUCGUCUGAUAGGAACCAAGAAACUACAGGAGCGUUUCAGGAGUUCCCUCAGGUUGAAGCUUGUCGUCUGUAUAGCAAGUUUUCUGCUCGACCAAGCAGCCUUCAGAUGAUACCAGCCGUAGUCGAAAAAGCUGUAAGGAGCAGCAUUUAUGGCCGUCCAGGAGCGUCCUACAUAGACAUAGCCGGAGACAUGGUGAACGACAAAAUAGACCGGGCCAAUGUCAGGUUUGUUUCCUGCUGCCCUGCUCCUCCCGUGAGUCAGGCUGACAGCAGAGAGAUCACACGGGCCGUCAGUCUGCUCAAAACGGCUCAGAGGCCUCUGAUCAUCAUCGGCAAAGGCGCGGCUUAUUCCAGGGCAGAGAAGGAGGUCAGGGAGCUGGUGGAGGCCACUGGGAUCCCUUUCCUUCCCACGCCUAUGGGGAAGGGAGUACUGCCGGAUGACCACCCUAACUGCGUCGCUGCGGCCAGGUCCAGAGCUUUAUUGCAGGCUGAUGUUAUAGUGUUGCUGGGUGCCAGACUCAACUGGAUCCUGCAUUUUGGUUUUCCACCCAGAUUCAGUCCCCAUGUGAAGAUCAUUCAGGUGGAUCUGUGUGCUGAAGAGUUGAGUAAUAAUGUGAGAGCUGCAUCUGCUCUACUUGGAGACAUAGGAGCCGUGGUCAGGCAGCUGUUGGAAAGCGUCAGAUCUUGGAGAUUUCCUUCAGAUUCACAAUGGUGGUCGACACUGAAGGAGAAAAUGACUGCCAAUGCUCAGAUAUCAAAGGCUCUUGCUCUCCAGUCCACUCUUCCCAUGAACUACUACACAGCGUUCCACCACAUUUCUGAGCUGCUGCCCAAAGACUGCAUCAUAGUUAGUGAGGGAGCGAAUACUAUGGACAUAGGCCGCACCAUGCUGCUCAAUCAUCUCCCACGACACAGGUUAGAUGCUGGUACUUUUGGCACUAUGGGAGUGGGUCCGGGAUUUGCCAUCGCAGCAGCGUUGUUGGAGCAGACACAGAAGAGUGCUCAGAGAGUGGUGUGUAUCGAAGGAGACAGCGCCUUCGGUUUCUCUGGCAUGGAGGUGGAGACCAUGUGCAGGUAUAAACUGCCAGUCAUCAUCAUAGUAAUCAACAACAAUGGCAUUUACAGUGGAGUGGAUCCAAAGACAUGGAAAGAGAUGGAAAAGAUGGGAGACAUGACCACCAUUGCUCCUCCGGUGACGCUGCUGCCAGAGGCACGGUACGAGCAGGUGAUGAGUGCGUUUGGGGGUCGUGGGUAUCUGGUCCGAACGGUGGAGGAACUCCGCAGUGCACUACAGGAAAGUCUGAACAACACGCAGAUUCCCAGCCUCCUCAAUGUACUCAUAGACCCGGCUUCAGACCGCAAACAACAGGAGUUUCCCUGGCUGACACGUUCAAAUCUGUAGAGCCGAGAGAGAUAUCAGAUGAGAUCGGAUCAUGUCAUGAUGACCAACUCUUGUUUCUUUCAAUACACUUGGUUAGCUUACUGUAGGUGGCACCAUUUCCUAUAAAAAGAAAGGCUGUGCCAUUGUACACUUAGAUCUUAAAUCUCUACUGACUGAAGUUAAUUUCUAUAGAAAGAACUGGAAUCUAUAAGUACCUAAAAGGAAACAUCCCUUAAAAAUAAUAUGUCUGGAAUCAAUAUUUCUUUGUUUCAAACCUUUUGAAGUAGAUUUUCAUGUGCAUUUUAACAACAGUUCAUAGGAUGCCUCAGGAAUACUUGGUAUAUUUAAAUACAUUUAUUUCAUACGCAUAGGCAUACUUCAACUUGUAUACAAUGCCCUUUUUUUAUAAUAAGUUUAAAUGUGUUUUAAUGUCACUAAUGAUGAGGAUUGUAUGAUCUUUGAUUAAUAUCGGUCUUUAAAUCCAAGAUAAAGUAUACUUGCUAGUUUCACUUUAGAAUAGUAAAAUACUUUAGUAUAUCUUUACCUGGACCUUAGCACUACAUCUGCACAAUUAAAGUGCAUUAAGCACAAAAUUAGUUGUUCCAGUUCAGCAGACUUUAAUUAUACCAGUUUAGUAUAUUAACACCUUUUUUUCACAGACAGGGCUUAAAGCCUAAUGCCAGACUAAAUUAUAAGCUUGAGCUGUUUCAACUCAAAGAAACUCUCUUUGACUGAUAUAAAAAUAUAUCAGUGCAUUUCUCAAAAUGCACACCUGGCUUAGUCUAAGCUUGUUUGUGAAGCCAGGCCUAAAAGUACAAAUUUGUAGUAUACUUAGCAUGAAAUAAAUAUUUCAGAUAAAUGUAUUUUUCACUGUGGGAACGCAUGUGGCCAUGUCUCUCAAACUCCGCAAAAAAGUAUUAAAGAAGCACCAUGAAAAUUACUUUAGUAACUGUUAGCAGAAUAUGGGGCACAAAUCAUAGAACGUAAUUAUUCAUAUAUAUAUAUAUAUAUAUAUAUAUAUAUAUAUAUAUAAUAUAAACAAUUUAUCAUUACUGUGCUGCUUUAGCACAGAGCAAGAGAGCGUCUUUUCCUUGGCUUUGACAGAUCACAGCGUCUUUACAUUUCCAGGUGUGGAAAUGUUCCCAACAACUUUACAUCUUUCAAAAGACUUAUUAAAAGAGCCUCUUUUUUUUUUUUAUGGCCAAAAGCAAAAAGCAGCCAAAAGUUGUUUAAGUUUGUUUUGUAAUUAAAGUUUUUUUAAUCAUUGUACACAAACAAAAAUGGCCUUACUUGCUGUGUGUUAUUGUAUAAAGAAUUGUAAUUUUUAAUAGCGCUUUAACAAAUAUUUUUCUAAUAACUUCACAAUUAAUGUAAUUUGAUGUCCUUUGAAAGAUUAUGUUUCAAGGGGAAGUGAUGGACAAUUAAAAUGCGCUUCAUAAGA